GCGUACCAGCUUAGAUCGCGGUUCUCGAUUGCGUUCGAAUCGAAUGUACGCAGUUUGAAGUUUAAGUUUGUUUUUAGUUGAUUAUGCUUUCCCCGCUCAUCGUCGGAAGUGAUCGAUUUGGAUGCUGAUACGGUAAAACGGAGCGGUUUACGAAGGAAAACUGUGCUUAUCCUGUUUAACGAAACUUUGAAGUGCUUCGGAGAUUUUUGCAGCCUCUGGGCAGACGUCAAAAUCAGCACGAUGACUAUAUUCGGCAAAUUGGUUCAAAUAAUUAUAAUCUCGUUUUGACGAACCAUACUUUUCUGCUGCUGCUGCUGGUGCUAAUCGUUUUGGAGUACAGACUAGGACAGGAGUUGGAGCGAAACAUUGCCGGUGUUCAGCCGGUGAGCAAGUGACCUCGCCUGAUUGGCAGUACUAUGUGAUCGAAGGAGGCGUGUAUUUAUCACAAGAAUCGGUAUGCCCACCAUCAAUUUUACGUUCAAAGAUGCGAUAUUUUCCUCUUUGUGGCUGUGGACCGAACUUCAUCUACUGGCGAUUGCUGUUCUACUAUCGUCGGUAUUUAUUUUCCUCAGAAAGAUGUCCUCGGAACGAAUGCCACUACACAAACGAACUGUUCUGAUCACCAACGGAACCGAAACGUUGUCGCAAGCCCUUCGUGACGAGCUAAUAGAAAAGUAUGACUGUCGAGUUGUUCUGGUGUGUGCAGAAAAUCAAAAGCCGAUCUCCCAGCCACGGAGCUCGGAACCGGUAUUCGAGUGUGAUUUAACCAAUAGGCAGCAGGUGGCAGAGUUGGCUAGUAUAGUUAAGGAAAAAUUGGGUCUUAUCGAGGUUGUGAUACAUCUGGAAUCUUCCGUCAGUGUUGGUUGCACACCAGAACAAAUAGAACAUUUCGUCAGUCAGUCGUCGUAUGACAUUUUAGGAUUCAUUAAUAUAUUAACCAAAUUCGUUCCAGUUAUGCUUAGCCAUGGUGGUGGAAGGAUUGUUUCCAUUCGAAACAAGACCAAAAACAGUAAAGCACUUCUGGACAGUGAGCGUGAAUAUCAUGAUCUCGUAAAAAAUGUUUCACUAUCAACACAAGCUAUCGCGAUCAGUGGUCCAGAAAGCAUCAAACUUUCAACCAUCCUAUGUGAUCGGCUCCAUCAACCACAGCAGAAGCAACAAAGAGAAAACGGACGAUUACCAACAGGCACGAAACAAGCAUUCAACCAUAACGUGACCGAUCGUGAGCUAGCUCAAAGAAUCCUAAAGGGGAUCGAAUCGGAACAAUCGAUCGUGCAAGUCAGCACGCGACGCAGUUUGCUGGAACUUUGUUCCAGCGGUAUCGCACAACUAGCAACCAUCGGACUGGAUCAGUUCCAGCGACGGAAAGCUCCGAAAAUUUCAAUUAAGCUACAAUAAUAAAAACAACCAUCCACCGAUCUACACGUCACUUGAUCGAA